GAUAGUGAAAAAUUAGUAGCAAGGUAAAUAUAUAAAAGAUUUUGUUAUUUUUCAUACAAAUAAUUGAGAAGAGCUUGUCUCAAUGACUUGAAUAAAUAUGAGAACUAAAAGAAUAUUUCAGUAUGAAAAGAUUGAUUGGUCAAAAUCAAAUAUGAAUGCAUCUAUAUACUAAGGUAUUUGAACUUUUUGCUAUAUGUGUACCAUUCAAUUGACAGCUUAUAAAAAAACCGGUCAAGCUAAGUGAGCUCCAAAUCAAGUAGAGUUUUUCGCGAAAAUCUAGACAUCCAUAAUUUGGCGCACACUUAACUUGACCUGAAAAAAACAAGUAUUUGCUAUUAUUGCUUAUCGCUGUGAAAUUAAAGUAAUCUGUAACAGAUGCCUAUACAAUACUUUAUAUCAACGAGGAAUUUUUGAAAUAAUGUAAAUAAAUUUUUUUGUUUUUUUCUUCUUCAGCGAUCAAUUUGGUACAGAUUUAGCGUCAGUUGAAGCGGCAUUUAAAAAACAAGAAGCUAUUCAAACAGAUAUAGCUGCAUUUGAAGAACGUUUACAAAAUAUAAUGGCAAUUGCAAAUGAACUUCGAACAGAAGAUUAUCAUGAUUAUGGAACAAUUGAAGCACGAAAAAAAAAUGUUGAAAUGCAUUGGGAAUAUUUAGUUGGUUUAGUUACUAAACGACGACAAUGUCUUGAACUUGCAUAUAAUUUACAACGUGUUUUUCAGGAAAUGCAAUAUAUUUAUGAAUGGAUAACUGAUUUAAAAUGGAGAUUAAAAUCUGAUGAUAUUGAAAGAUAUAUUAUGUCAGCUGAUGAUCUUCUUCAACGACAUUCAUUAAUUGAAGCUGAUGUAUUUGUUAUUGAUGAACGUUUACAACGAGCUAUAGCUGAUGCUGAUGAAUAUCUUAGUCCUGAUGCUCAUAUUGAAGGAUAUCGUCCAGCAACAUCAGAAGAAAUUGAAAUACGUAUACAUAAUUUACAGAAAGCAUAUGAAGAAUUAAUUGAAUUAGCACGUAAACGUCGUGAUAUACUUGAGCAAGCUAAAGUCUUAGCGAAAUUUUAUUCGGAUGUUGGUGAUGUUGAAUUAUGGAUU